ACUUCUCUAUAUCGGAACUAUCGAUUUUAAUGUUAAGCAUACAUAUCUUCAUUCAGGAUAUUUUUUUGAGUUUUGUACUCUGUUUGCUUUUAUUUUAAGUUUUAUUUGAUAUAUAUUUUCGGAAUAUGCAUCAAAAUAGGAACAAUUACACAGCAGCGUGUUUUUAAUAUUUGUGUUAUAGCAGUCAGUAAAAGUAGUGAGAAUUUGAGUGCUUUUUUGCGUGAACUAGUUUUGUUUAUAUAUUUUUUUUUUGGGAAUUGGCAUUCCUACGUGUUAAGCAAAGUCAUGCAUUAGUUUAAUGAGCUUUUGGCAUUUAGAUUAGUAAAGAGUAUUAGUAUUAUAAUAUAUUCAAACUACCAUACAAUGGCGGUAGUGUCUUGUUAUUGGAAAGUGCUCGUAAUAUCAAGUUUAAUUGCUUAUUCAUCAAACGGAGAUUCUCCUCCAUUACGACAAUGUGAACCAAUUCGUAUCGAGAUGUGCCGUGGAAUAGGUUACAAUGAAACUUCAAUGCCAAAUUUAGUUGGCCACGAACUUCAGGGUGAUGUGGAAUUCACUUUACAAACUUUUGCUCCUCUCAUUGAGUAUGUAUGUAGUACUCAAUUAAAGUUGUUCUUGUGCGCCGCUUAUGUGCCUUUAUGUACGCCAAAAGUUCCUGUCCCGAUAGGACCAUGCAGAAAUUUAUGUGAAAGCGUUAGGAUGCGGUGUCACCCGGUUUUGCAAGGUUUUGGAUUUCCUUGGCCACCAGCCUUGGAUUGCAAUAGAUUUCCAAAGGAAAAUAACCAUGAAACUAUGUGUAUUGAGGAGCCUGGGGAGGCACACAUCAAUGGAGGAGAGAACGAGAGCGUUGGAGGAGAUUCAAUUAGUAAAUUACCUUCAAGCACUGUUACAAUAGAAUGCCCCGGGCUUUCGAAAUCUCAUAUGUAUGUAAAACUUUAUCGAUCUGGACGGUGUGCACCUUUAUGCGAGGCUGAUAUAUUAUUUGGCCAACAUGAUAAGCAUUUGGCGGAACUGUGGGUAGCUACUUGGACAUAUGCUGAUAUAUUUUUGGCAUUAAUUGCAACAUUGAGCCUUGUAUUACGUGACAAUUCAAAAAAGAGCAAUCAAAAAUGGAAACGAGUCCUUACUCCCUUUGUGUGGUGCCAUUUUAUGGUGGCUUUAGGAUGGACUGUACGUUUUAUAAUGGGCAGAACAGCAACAUCGUGUGGAUAUGAUCCGCAACUACCAAAUGUUCUUCUUUUACUUGUGGAUGGGCUUUCAAAUGCAGCUUGUGCUACAACGUUUUUGCUUCGGUAUUAUUUUUUCAUGGCCUCUUGUGCUUGGUGGGCGAUUCUUUGUCUUACUUGGCAUCGGGAUGUGCGACGUAUCAAUCCAGAGGAUUUGGAAUGCAUAUCUCAUGACAGGUCAAAUGCCUGUACAGACCUGCAUCAUAGUAGAAUUAACAGAAGUAAUUUAACAAAUAACGAUAAACGAAAUGAGAAUUUGACUAUAAUGGAAAGCAACUUGGCUAGUUUUACAGCUUGGGGUCUUCCAGCAUUUCAGACUGCUGCAGUAAUUGUGGCUAGACUUGUUGAUGCUGAUGAACUAAUCGGUGCUUGUUUUGUGGGAAAUCAAUCCGAUAAAGGGCUGCAAAUAUUGGUAGCGACACCGCUCUUUUGCUAUUGGAUUUUUGGUUCAAUGAACCUUGGCUCGGGUUAUCUUGUAUAUCGUCGUUAUAAGGCUAUAUUAAGAAACAUUUCAACACCUUUGAUGAAGCAGCAACUCCAGGCUAUAUGCCCAAGUUACGAUUUUGGUACAUUUUUGUUUAUAUAUUGUGUUCCUUGUGCUUUACUUUUGUUUUCGGUGAUCUAUGAGUUUGCAAACAUUGACAUUUGGCUUAACAUACCACCUUACUUGGUUGCCUCAGAGGGAUUUACAACACCAAUGUGGCCAUUUCUGGCGCGAGCAUUUAUGGAAAUAACGUUGGGAAUUAUAUGUUUUGCAUGGUUUCUAGGUCCGAGAAUUUCCAUGAUGUAUAAAAAACAGCUGGAGAUUCGUAAUGUAAAAGAAGUGCCAGCUUCUACAAUUUCACAAAGAACUAGUCGUAAUACAAACCAUAACUAUAAUUACAGCACGGCAUCUUAUCAUACUAUACGACCCGCAUUAAAUGCUUAUUCACAACGACGUUCGCCAGGUAGUAUUUCUAUGAAUCAAUUAUCUAAAUAUUCUCACAAGAAGGUUAUUGCCCAAAGUAUCCACCACCCAAAGCAAUUACAGAAAGAUCGUUAUUAUUUAAGUCCAGCACAAAUGCAUUUUGAAUGUUGUAGAGAUGAAACUAUAUUGUAACUGUAUAUUUAACUUUCUUGCCUCAAACUGUGUAACAAUAAGACUGUGAUAUACAUAACAGUAUAAAAAUAUUUCAAACUUCUGGUUAUGGAGUACUACUUAGAUAUAAUUGUUAUGUACUGCCUAGAAAAAAUGUACUUAGUUUUUGUAUUACUUUUAAAAAGUGCCAUUAAUUCUAACCCCACUUAUGACCGUAUAAAGUAGUUUAUUUUGUUCCGUAAGGCAGGUCUCAGAAUUACGUGUUUGAUGAUUAUGAGGCACUUUUAACACUGCAGCUAACACUUGCCGUCUAUGUAUGAAACUCUGUAAAUUUCCACUACAAAGCUGUAGAUUCAAUCAUGAUACAAAAAAAAGGUAGUUUCAUUACGACUAUUUUUUUGGUUAUAAAGCAGAUUUUUGACAUUUCUCCAGACGUAAACAUUAAACCUGUUGCGGAAUUGCCUGAUCCGGCUCGAAGGACCAAAAAUGUUGCGGAAUUGACUGAUCCGGCUCGAAGGACCAAAAAUGUUGCGGAAUUGACUGAUCCGGCUCGAAGGACCAAAAUGUUGCGGGAAUGUUGCGUGGAGAAUCCUAAAUAUGUUGCGAGAAUGUUGCUUGUAGAAUCCUUAAUAAUAUUGCGGGAGAGUUGCUUGGAGAAUCCUUGAUAAUAUUGCGGGAAGGCGGCUAAAAGUCCUAUU